CCGCGAGGGGUACGGCGAAAGUCGUCACUUCUGCUGUUCCACACACGUCAUCGCAGAGCGCAAACAAUGGCACCGUUCGGAGCUGUCCUUCUCGCAAUCCUGGCACUCGCUGGUGGUUCGUCUGCCGCGAAGAUUUUGGUUAUUUCGCCGACCGCUUCGUUCAGCCACCAGUUGCCGUUUCACAUCGUGACCAAAGCACUCCUCGAAAGAGGACACCGCGUCACUUUGAUGACAACAGACUCUCCAAAGAUAAAUCAUGAAAACUACACAGAAGUGGACCUGUCAAUCUCUUACAAGCAUAUGCGCGGUGACUACGAUUUUGUGAAGAUGUCCCAAGAACCACCAACGGAGACGGUCAAAAUGUUGCGUGACUUUCCAAGAGCUUCAAUAGAACUGCAGAUGAGUGAUCCACAAGUUCAAAAAUUCGUAACUUCCGGUGAGAAGUUCGACCUGGUGAUUUUCGAGCGCCUCGGCUACCUGGCGUACUACGGCCUGAUCCAGAGGGUGGGCGCGCCGCCCGCGGUGGCUUUCAUCACGCUGUCGCCGCCGUCGUCCAUCUAUCACGGCUUCGGGAACCCGAUGAACCCCGCCUACAUGCCCGACAUGUGGCUCGGCUACUCGGACCACAUGGACUUCUGGCAGCGCCUCUACAACACCUACUUCUACUUGAGGCUGAUGUACAUGUGGUUCUACGACCUGAUGCCCGCUCAAGAGCAGCUGAUGCACAAGUACUUCGGGUCCGAUCUUCCGCCUAUCUACGAGAUGGAAAGGAACUUCAGCCUCUUAAUCAUUAACAACCACUUCUGCAUGGAGUAUCCCCGGCCACAUCUUCCAAAUAUCAUCGAGCUGACCGGCAUACACGUCGCGACUGAGCAGAAGCCACUGCCAAAGGACGUGAAGAAAUUCCUGGACGAAGCAGAGCAUGGAGUGAUCUACUUCAGUCUGGGCUCUAAUGUGCGCAGCAACUCGCUGCCAGACUGGAAGCGACAGGCAUUUGUGGAGGCAUUCCGCGAGCUGCCACAGCGUGUGCUCUGGAAGUGGGAGAGUGACACCCUGCCCGAGCAGCCAGCCAACCUCAUGGUCAGCAAGUGGCUGCCCCAGCAGGACAUUCUGGCCCACCCUAAGGUGCGGAUGUUCAUCAGCCAGGGCGGCCUGCAGAGCCUCAACGAGGCGGCGUACCACGCCGUGCCGCUGCUGGUGGUGCCCUUCUUCUCCGACCAGGCCCACAACGCCGCCAAGGUGCAGCAGGCCCAGGUGGGGCUCUGGCUGGAGUACGCCGACGUCACCAAGGACGCUCUGCUGCGCGACCUCAGGGCUAUACUGCAGGACAGCAAGUACAAGGAGAACAUGAAUCGGCUGUCUGCGGUGUUCAGGGAGCACAAGGCGGACUCGGUGGAGCGCGCCGUGUGGUGGCUGGAGUACGUGCUGCGCCACAAGGGAGCGCCACACCUGCGCAGCGCCGCCCUGGACCUCCCCUGGUGGCAGCUGCUGCUGCUCGACGUCGUCGCCUUCGUGCUGGCGGUUGCAGCAGCCGCCGCCGCCGCCGUCUACCUACUGGCGAGGCGUCUCUUCAGCGGGCUCAGCGCCUGGAGGGUCAAAACCAAAGUCGCCUGAACGCCAGCGUCUCCAGAACUGUGUCAUUUGUCCCGUACUAGCUGCAAAGUGGUGUCACAGUGGAGCUUUCUCAUAAUCCGUCUGCUCCGCACGCCUCCUCGUAUAUUCUUUUCAACGUUGAUGGGGUUCCUUUCCCGUCACCAAUCCAAAAAAAUACUGCAUAUCGUCGUUGUUGACAACUAAAUUACCAGUAGUCAGGAGAUGUCCCGUGAGUCUCGUCCAGAGCAUUGCAGUUUGUGGCUGACUUUAAUGCAAAACUUCGCUAAUGAUAAUCCCAAAUUGCAUUCGUAGUUCAAAUCCGUAAGAGAAUAUUCUGCAUCAGUGUGUCACGUCUCAAAGCCAGUCCUACACAGCUGUAGCCUGUAUCCCUGGGCAGGAUGACAGAGCCGACUUGUAAUCUGAGACAUUCGGGCUGCCGAGUACCGCACGCGUUGGCUACAUUUCAUGUGAGCGAUCGCUGCCCCACUUUGUUCUGCCAGCUGUCCGACGAGUACAGUAGGGCGCAACAAUAACUAUAUUUGUUUUGCAAAGUACGCCCGUCGACACACACAAAUAUUUGCUCACUUAGCUGAAAAGUUGUUAUCCUUUUAAUAGUUUAGCCGAAGACAGUCUGAAAGAAACCAGUGGGUGUAAACGAACAAAUUGAACAUCGCUUGUAGAUUGCUUUCCACCGGGAGGAAUACCAUGUAAUCUGCAUAUACCUAGGAUUGGCGACAGGCACGACCUGUUAAAAGAAACGACGUCAAAAUACACAGCUACCAAAUACAUACAGCCUAAAGUGGCAAAAAGAAGUGCUUGAGAAACACAUGUCUCGAAUUUGUGUAUGUAUUACUUCCAGUCAUGCGUUAUUACACAAAAAUAAAAGAAAUAAACGCA